UGCAGGCGUCAGUGGCCAUGGCGGAUACAGCGACUACAGCAUCGGCGGCGGCGGCUAGUGCCGCUAACACCUCGACCGAUGCACCUCCUUUCCAGCUGGGCAAACCUCGCUUCCAGCAGACAUCCUUCUACGGCCGCUUCAGGCACUUCUUGGAUAUCAUUGAUCCUCGCACACUCUUUGUCACUGAGAGACGUCUCAGAGAGGCUGUGCAGCUGCUGGAGGACUAUAAGCAUGGGACCCUGCGCCCAGGGGUCACCAAUGAACAGCUCUGGAGUGCACAGAAAAUCAAACAGGCUAUUCUACACCCAGAUACCAAUGAGAAGAUCUUCAUGCCCUUUAGAAUGUCAGGUUACAUUCCUUUUGGGACGCCAAUUGUCGUUGGUCUUCUCUUGCCCAACCAGACACUGGCAUCCACUGUCUUCUGGCAGUGGCUGAACCAGAGCCACAACGCUUGCGUCAACUAUGCAAACCGAAACGCUACCAAGCCUUCUCCUGCGUCCAAGUUCAUCCAGGGCUACCUGGGAGCUGUCAUCAGUGCCGUCUCCAUUGCUGUGGGCCUUAAUGUCCUGGUUCAGAAAGCCAACAAGUUCACCCCAGCCACCCGUCUUCUUGUCCAGAGAUUUGUGCCAUUCCCCGCUGUAGCCAGUGCCAACAUCUGCAACGUGGUCCUGAUGCGGUACGGGGAGCUGGAGGAAGGGAUCGAUGUCCUGGAUGGUGAUGGCAACCUCGUGGGCUCCUCCAAGAUUGCAGCCAGACAUGCCCUGCUCGAGACGGCGCUGACGCGAGUGGUCCUCCCCAUGCCCAUCCUGGUGCUACCCCCGAUCGUCAUGUCCAUGCUGGAGAAGACGGCUCUCCUACAGGCGCGCCCCCGGCUGCUCCUCCCUGUGCAAAGCCUUGUGUGCCUGGCAGCCUUCGGCCUGGCCCUGCCGCUGGCCAUCAGCCUCUUCCCACAGAUGUCAGAGAUCGAGACCUCCCAGUUAGAGCCUGAGAUUGCCCGGGCCACGAGUAGUCGGACAGUGAUAUACAACAAAGGGCUGUGAGUGGUGGCCGGCCGGCCUGGGGACGGAGCCCUAUCCAGGCCGGGGAGCCGGGGGCAGGGAAGGAGUCUCCUGGGCUGCACCUGCAGGGAGGGGCGAGCUGACCCCACCGGUCCUGGGCUACCGGGGGGAGCACUGGAUCCGCAAUGGUAGGGAGACUAAUCAAUUCACAUGUUAACAUAGGGGUGAGGAAUUCUGACACAUUUCCUAUAAAAAAAAAUAAUCAAGUGCAUUUCUGGGCCUUACGUGGGGUUGUCAAAACUCUACUCAGCACAAUUAUGUGUGAAGCUGAAAAACUGUAGAGUGCCCACGGGGUAGAAUUAGGAUCCUUUUAUACUUUGGGGGUUUUUUUCUUUUGAUUUUUAUUCGAAUCAAGUCUGAGCCUUGGCUGCAGCAGCCCAGAUGGCGGCAGCUGACCAGUGGUGGUAGUAGGUCUAGGCCUGGGGGCUGGUUGGUUUGGCAGAAGGGCCUGUAGAUUCAAAAUAUUAUGGUGGCCAGGCCCAGUGACUGGGGAGUGGGUGGGGGAGGGGAUCUACACCUCACAGGAGAAACCAGCUAUGACUGAGGCCCUCAGGAGGUGGCUCAGAGAGUCAGGAGCACGGGAGGCCUCUGGAAGAUUGUGUGGGCAGUUGGCUCUGAGUAUGGCCCUCAUCCAUGCUACAACCUGCAGAACCAAUCCCUCUGCAUGAAGCCCAGUGCCUGGGACUAGGGUCACCCUUCAUGGAACCCUGAUCCAUUUGAAGCCCCAACUUCAGGCAAGAAGCCCCAAGAAGGAACGAUGUUUGGCUGGAAUUGUGGGCCUGCACUUUGACCUCCACAGGGAGACCCUCCUUCCAGUCACCAGGCCGGAAGCUGGGCAGUGGGGCUGAGGGUGGGUCUGGAGCUGGACCGCCCUCCAUCUGGGGGGCUCUCAAGCCCCCAAGGCUGCCUGCCCCAUCCCACUGCUUCGUGAGAGGGAGGGCCUUACGUUGAGUGCGGAGGCAGGUUCCUAUCUAAGAGUCAGCAUCAAGCCAGAAACUGCAGGCCCUGGCUGUGGCCCAAAUGAGCUGUGUGACCUUGGACAAGUCUGCUCCGCUCUCUGAGCCUCUACUCCCUAUCUGGAACCAGAGGACUAGAUCAAAGGGUUCCCACCGGCUCUUCCAGCUAGACCUCGUCUUUGGCUGUCCUGCUCAGAUGCUGGUCGUCCCCAGUGUGGACACUGAACUGGGAAAGGGGCAGGCCCCUUCGGGAAUGGCCUCAGGACCUAGACCUUGACUUUCUGUAUGUGAGCCCACAUCCUGGGAACGCUUGAUCUUUGCCACUUUUCAGUUCUGAAGGAGGAGAUGGUGCCAGUGGCCGGGCCUAAGUGUGGCCCCACUCCCACCUGCCACCUCUCGCCCUGCACUGGCCUCCGAGGCCACUUGCUGCUGGCUCCUGUCUCUUCCCAUCUGCAGGCCAGGAAAAGGAGAGGCCUGCAGGGGCUCUGCAGAAGAAAGAGCCUGAGGUGAAGUGAACAGAGCAAACAAAGAGGAAGCACGGGCCCUUGUACCCUUCACCCCACCCCAGCUGGAAUGGAGCCCCCAACAUGCAGUCUCAGGGCCUCCCCGCCCCCCCGUGGUGACUCCACCUGGGCAGAGACCUGGCUGGAGGUGAGCACAUGCAUGUGGAAGAAAAGGCUAGUGCAUGGCCGCGAGGCUGUGGCCCUGGGCGGCUCUUGCCAUCCUCCAUGCAGGGGUGGUUGCGGGAAGGUGGGUCUUCCACAGGCACUGACACCACGUACCCCCCGUCAGAAGCCCCUGCUGUCCUCACCUCUCAGCCAGGCCCUGCUGCUUCUGCAGAAUGCUGCCCUGAGGGCCCCCCGCUCUCCUGAGGAGUAGCACCCCCCUACCAGUCAGGAAGGGGUGAACACAGAGCAGGUAGGGAGAACAAAACAGCAGAGAAAAGGAGGCAAGUACUUUUGAGCCAAUCCUGCCAUAAUGUGACUGUGCCAAUGACUGGCUGAGCGUGCCUGGGUCCCCUUUUGAAAAGCUCUCUUCAAGCUCACCCUGCCCCACCUCUCAUCGGACCUUGUGCACUUUCCCUCGAGACCAAAACUACCCACCGCAGCUCCACCCCCACGCUUGCUGGAGACCUGGUAGAGAUGGGGUCUCCCAGCUCCCUCUCUGGACUGGCUGCCCCAGCCCAGCCCCACCCCAGCCCCAGCCCUGUGGCCUUUGUCAUCUCAUAACCUACCGACUUUGUCUCCUGGAUGAUCUCUGGUCAGGCUCCCAAAUGCAACUUCGCACGAGCUAAGGGGGCUCCUCCUUGGGAAAGGGGUUGGCAGAUCUGUAUAGCUCAGGGUGAUGGUGACAGAGGGUCAGAGGGCCAUGCUGAUAAGAUAAACCCUGGCUUGGCUGUGGAAAACACCACGAGGGAAAACUUUUGGCCAGCCUCCAUCCCCGCCUCUGCUGAGGCCAGAGGAAGGGAGGCCUCGUCCACAGACCAGCUCAUGACUGGGGAGGAGGCUGAGCUGGGUCACACAGUUAGGCCAGUGGCUGGGCCGGCUGGGCCAGAAUACAGGCCAUACCUACAACUGGUUCUCUAGUCCUGGUGUACUGGCCUAACCUUCUUCUGGCCACUUCAAACAUUCCCUCAGGCUCGGGAAGGGUAGCCUUUCCCCAUGGAUGUCUUUCUCCCAUUCCAGAGAAUAAUCUGAUGGUGCAGGGGCCAAAAAAGACCAAGAUGUCUAGAUGGCUGCUGGGUCAAGGUGGCGAACAGCCUCCUUUCUACUUCCUGAUUGUGAGCUGGCUUGUUCUCUGUCCUGAGCCCCUGGUCUGGGAGAAGAGUGGGGUCCUGAGAGGAGACGGGCCAGAGGACAGAGGCAAGUGCUUUUCCCAGCCCUGGGCUGGGUAUGAGCGAGGCACCAGCACAUAUGCCUUGGCCACACCAAGGGGACUUUGCAGUGUCUUUUUAACCUUCUCAGAAAAUUUCUCAAUCUCUGUCGUUUAUGUAAUACUAAUGCGCUGUGGGCAAUAAAUGAUGGAUUUAAAGCAU